AUGAAAUCAUCAAUUCUACCGAAACCUCAACUGCGGCCGAUGAUAGCCGAGUAUGAUCCAAAGAAAAAAGGAGUCAAAAAUGACUUAUCUGAUGUCGUCAUGGUCAAAUACAAAGUUGAUCCAAAUGAUAUCCCUGUGGAACAACAAGCGGGAUCAACACUCCCUCUUAUGGAGAUACCAGGCCGAGAUAUCGAAGGAGAUGAGGACUUUAAUCCAUUUGAACACCGAAAACUGGCUCACCCUACAUCGGACAUGGAUACGUUAAUUCACUUGCUAAAAGGAUCAUUAGGCAGUGGUAUAUUGGCUAUGCCAAUGGCGUUCAUGAAUGCAGGGCUUUACUUUGGAUUGGUGGCAACUUUCCUCAUCGGUGGUAUUUGCACAUACUGUGUUCAUAUCCUUGUUAAAACAUCUCAUGAGCUCUGUAAGAGAAUGCAAAAACCAUCCCUUGGUUUUGCUGAAACAGCGGAAGCUGCCUUCCUUUCUGGACCUCCAGCUGCACAUAAAUUCUCACGACUUGCCAAAGCUAUGAUAAACUGGUUUCUGGUGAUCGAUUUACUGGGAUGCUGUUGCGUGUAUAUCGUGUUCGUGUCAAAAAACAUAAAGCAAGUUGUAGACAACUACACGCUUGAUAGCGAAUGGGCACCCCACGAUGUAGAUGUCAGAAUUUAUAUGGCAGUUCUUCUUCCUCUUUUGAUUUCAAUGAAUCUCAUUAGAAAUCUGAAGUACUUGGCUCCAUUUUCAAUGAUUGCAAAUCUUUUGGUGGGAACUGGAAUGGUUAUCACAUUCUACUAUCUCUUUCAAGAUAUUCCUGCUAUUAGUGAAAGAAAACAGUUUGCGGGUGUCGCCCGUCUACCAACGUUCUUCGGCACGGCUAUAUUCGCCUUGGAAGGAAUCGGUGUUGUUAUGCCUCUUGAAAAUAACAUGAAGACUCCUACUCAUUUCAUCGGAUGUCCUGGAGUGCUCAACACCGGGAUGUUCUUUGUCGUAUCACUCUACGCUUUAGUUGGAUUCUUCGGAUAUUUGAAAUACGGAGAUGGAACUUCUGGAAGCAUUACCCUGAACUUGCCGCAAGAUGAAGUAUUGGGCCAAUGUGUCAAGUUGAUGAUCGCUGUAGCUAUUUUCUUCACAUAUAGUCUUCAGUUCUACGUGCCAAUGGAAAUAAUCUGGAAAAAUAUACGCCACAGAUUCGGAGCUAAGAAAAACCUCGCCGAAUAUUCUAUAAGAAUUGCAAUUAUAAUAAUAACACUCGGUAUUGCUAUCGCUAUACCUAAUCUUGGACCUUUCAUCUCUCUUGUUGGUGCUGUCUGUCUCUCCUUCUUGGGUCUUAUAUUCCCUGCUGUCAUUGAAACCGUUACUUAUUGGGACAGGCCAAACGGGCUUGGCCGUUUCAAUUGGGUCCUAUGGAAAAACAUGUUCUUGGUAUCAUUCGGAAUACUGGGAUUCCUCACCGGUGCCUAUGUAAGCAUUUUAGACAUAAUCAAAGGAGAAGAGUAA